UAGCAUCCCUCCCCUUUUACAGUUGCUUUUUUUUCUCUUCAGCGUUCAGCGACCGUCGGCGCCAUAUUGACGAUUCCAACGCUUUCUGCAAAACCCUAAAAAACAACGUAUUUGCCAAAAUGUUGUACUUGGAGGACUACCUCGAAAUGAUCGAGCAGCUACCCAUGGAUCUCCGCGACAGGUUUACGGAAAUGCGAGAGAUGGACCUGCAAGUGCAGAAUGCCAUGGACCAGCUGGAGCAGAGAGUUAAUGAGUUCUUUGCCAAUGCUAAGAAGAACAAACCCGAAUGGAGGGAGGAGCAGAUGGAGGUUAUUAAGAAGGACUAUUAUAAAGCGCUGGAAGAUGCUGAUGAAAAAGUCCAGUUAGCCAAUCAAAUCUAUGAUCUGGUGGAUCGACACUUGAGGAAGUUGGAUCAAGAGCUUGCAAAGUUCAAAAUGGAGCUUGAAGCGGACAACGCUGGCAUUACAGAGAUCCUGGAGAGACGUUCGUUGGAAAUGGACAGUCCAUCUCAACCUGUCAAUAACCAUCAUGUUCACUCACAUGUCACUGGAGAAAAGAGGAAGUACAGCACGCCAACUCACCACACUACUGAGCAUGUGCCAGAGAAGAAGUUUAAAUCCGAAGCUCUGCUCUCGACACUCACAUCAGACGCCUCCAAAGAGAACACGCCGGGCUGCAGAGUGAACAGCACGUCCUCCUCGUCCAACAGCGUGUACAAUGUGAACUCCUCACAAUCUCUUUCCUCCUACAACCUGAGCUCUCUGCCAAUGGGGCCAGCUGCCGGUGCAGGAGCCAUCAGUAUGGCAGCAGCUCAGGCAGUGCAGGCCACAGCACAGAUGAAGGAGGGCAGGAGGACGUCGAGUAUGAAGGCUUCCUAUGAGGCCAUUAAGAACGAUAUCCUGGCUCGGGACUUUGCUUCGAGCAGAGAGUCUUCUGGCUACAUGUCCUCGACUCUGGCCUCCACUCUCACACAGAACCUCACCACCAGCAACAGCUCAGACUCCCGUGCAGGACGCAAGAGCAAAAACAACAACAAGUCUUCCAACCACCAGUCCUCGUCAUCCUCGUCCUCUUCUUCCCUGUCGUCCUGUUCCUCCUCCUCGGCUCUGGCUCACGAGCUGGCCCAGCAGACGGCAGCGCUACCAGAGAGCGACAGCAGCGGCCAAGUGGACUGGACUUACGACCCCAACGAGCCCCGCUACUGCAUUUGCAACCAGGUGUCUUAUGGUGAGAUGGUUGGCUGUGAUAACCAGGAUUGUCCUAUUGAGUGGUUCCACUACGGCUGCGUGGGCUUGACCGAGGCACCCAAAGGAAAGUGGUAUUGCCCACAGUGUACAGCAGCCAUGAAGAGGAGAGGAAGCAGGCAUAAAUAGACAUUCAUCAUCCCAGAGCUGACCCCAAAAACCCUACCCCAAAUUCCCAAUCUCACUGCCUGAUUCUAACCCCCGUUUCCCUCGUAAAAACUGUGCGAGAGAAGUUUUCAAUGUGAUCUCCGGUUUGUGAAAUGUGAAAAUGAGCUUUUGAGGAAAGUGUGUGUGUAAAUGUAAGAUGAGACACGACCUUUAGUUAUUUUUAUCUUCGAUUAAAGUCUUGAUUGGUAGGGGAGGGUUGUUAAUAUGCACCCGACCCUGAGACAUUCCUCAGCCUGCCAUGCGUGAUGGUAGGGGUCAUGACCUCCAGCACAAAUUAGUGCAUCUCACUCCUAUUAAUUCAUAUUCGCAGAGACAAGAUGAACUCAGAAAUGUAGUCCGGAAAUGUGUUCAUAAACUAUGGACCCUGAAAAUUCACAUGAAACCUCCAAUGCCUCUGAAUGAGAAGACCCUGAUGAUACUGGUGUUCUCCGGAAGUAUUUGUGUAUUCAGUACACCAGGAGUUUUGAAUCCAGGUCCUGGGGUUCCCCCUGCACUGCUGAUUUAGUGUUUUCCCUGCUCUAAAAUGCACAUUUUAAACUCAUGCAGGGUUCAGUAAUGAGCUGGUGAGUGGAUUCAGGUCUGUUGGGAGCAGGAAAAACACUAACUGCCCUGUACUGCAGCACUUCAUGACCAGAAAUAUGGGACACGCUGCAGUAGGUAUAUUGAAUUGUGCUACACUUGGGGAUGAAACCUCAUAUCACCUGACAUCACACGUUUCAAGGAAUUUGUGCUUAUCUGUAAAAGUGCAUUUAUUUACAUACUAGUCAGGAGUUCAUUCAGCUGAGUGAUUGAGUGCACAAAUAAAAAAAAAUAAAAAAUAAAAAAACAGGAAAAUUUGCACACUUGCAGAUAAGCAUAAAAAUAUUUUUUUUGGCUAGGCCUUUAAAGCCAGGUGCUGCCAGGUGUACUAUAGAAAGAACACAGUGAUUGUGUGUGUGUGUGUGUGUGUGUGUGUGUGUGUUUGAUAUGAUGUGUAUAGAACGUGUGUGAAUGUGUAGUCUGGCCUGCACUGAACUGGUGAUUCAGAGUUUCCUGAUGGGGGACAAAAAAAAAUAAAACGAUCAAUAAUUUUGCUA